AUGGAGAGAUACGGCCGGGGGACAGCCACGAUGGGCGGAGGAGGUCCACACUUUACGGAGCUUCUCUUCUUCGCUGGUUCAGAGGAUGAGCCCCAAGAGCCCGAGAUUGAGCAAGGGGUCGAGGAUGAAGUAGAUGCCAAUAACAACAAUGACGACAUUCUAGAACCUGUUGAUGCUGAAGAAAAAGAAGAGCAGGAGUCGGCGAAAAAGGAAAGGAAGACUUGCAAGUAUAUGACCAAGUAUGUGCGAGCAAGAAUUCUGGGUACUCGAGCUUUACAGAUCAGCAUGAACGCCCCAGUGAUGGUUGAGCUUGAAGGCUAGACAGACCCACUUGAGGUAUCGCGAUUGCAAUGAAGGAGUUGAGGGAGCGGAAGAUUCCUUUCAUCAUUCGCCGCCACUUGCCCGAUGGAAGGCGAGUUUAUUUAGCUGUGUAGAGCUGCUACAUGGAACUUCCUUGCGUGACAUUUUCUUAUCGAAGAUAGAUGAGAAGUGCUGCUCGCUCUCUGCAUAUUCCCGUUCAUGUUUGUAUUCUCGUAUGGAAAAUACCAACGGUAAUGAGAGUUAUAUACUGCUUGCAGCUAUGAGGACUGGGGAGUUGAUGAAUUGAUUGUGGAGGAUUCCUGGAAGAGGCAGGCAGGCAGGCGGUGAUUGAUUUUCGAAUGACCUCUCGUAUCUAUGGACCAUUCAAUUGGAAGGUUGAUCAACCAGAAAUUUCAUGUGGUUGAAGCAUUUGGGGGAAACAGUAGAGCUACACGGUGAUCGUGGCAAUGCCAGUAUCCAGCCAAAGCCCAACCACGGUGCAUCCCUGGUCUUUGAAGAAUUCUCCUUGUCCAUUUAUUUUUUUUUUUGGGGGGGGGGGGGGG